UCUACAUGACAGCAGGGAAUUUCCAAACCCAGAGCAAUUCAACCCGGGACACUUCCUGGACGCCAAUGGUGCCUUUAAGAAGAGUGACUUCUUCAUGCCCUUCUCUGCAGCCAGAAUCCAGAGGAAUUUCUACUCGCAACAAUGGAACCGCUGGGAGCAACCACGGUAUUCCUGGUCAUUUGCGUCUCUUGCCUUCUCUUCCUCUCCGCGUGGAGAAAGACGCCUGGAAGAGGGAAGCUGCCCCCAGGGCCUGUUGCUUUUCCCCUCAUUGGGAACAUGCUGCAGCUGAAUUCAAACAACAUGCCCCAGCAAUUAGAGCAGCUCAGUAGAACGUACGGCCCGAUUUUCACCAUCUACUUGGGCUCCGAGCGGGUUGUGGUGCUGCAUGGAUACGAGGUUGUGAAGGAGGCUCUGAUCGACCGCAGGGAGGAGUUCGGUGCCCGAGGAAGCAUGCCCCUAUUCGACAAAAUUGCCAAUGGAACAGGUAUCGCUUUCACCAACGGGGAGCGGUGGAGGCAGCUCCGGCGAUUUACCCUCACCACCCUGAGAAACUUUGGGAUGGGAAAGAAAAGCGUUGAGGAGCGGGUCCAGGAGGAAACCCGUUUUCUGGUGGAAAGACUCAGAAACACGCAUGGGCGGCCCUUUGACCCCUCCCAAUUCCUCACCCACGCCGUCGCCAACGUCAUCUGCUCCAUCGUCUUCGGGGACCGGUUUGACUAUGCAGAUCAGAAGUUUGCUACUUUAGUUGGUCUCAUUGUGGAUAAUGGCAAAUUCCAGCAGUCGCCCUGGGCAGGGCUAUAUACUUUUUUCCCAACUCUCAUGGAUUACAUCCCUGGGCCUCACUACAAGUUCUUUAAAAAUACCUGGAAGUUCAGAAGAUUUGUUCAGGAGAGAGUGAAGAUGCACAGAGAGUCUCUGGAUCCCAACUGCCCUCGAGACUUUAUCGAUGCUUUCCUCAUCAAAAUGGACGAGGAACAAAUGAAUGUCCAGUCAGACUUCAAUGCGAAAAGUUUGUUACAAACAACAAUAGAGUUAUUUAUCGCUGGAACAGGGACAACCAGCACUACUCUAAAAUAUGGGCUCCUGAUUUUUCUGAAAUACCCCGAAAUACAAGAAAAAGUUCAGGAAGAGAUUGACCUUGUGAUUGGGCAAAGCCGAAGCCCCAGCAUGGCGGAUCGAAGCCGGAUGCCCUACACAGAUGCCGUGAUACAUGAAAUCCAGAGAUUCAUUACCCUGAUCCCGUUAGGUACCCCCCGGGCUGUGACUAGAGAAGUUCAUCUCAAGCAGUUUGUGAUUCCCAAGGGCACCACGAUAUACCCUGUACUGAAGUCAGUUCUACAUGACAGCAGGGAAUUUCCAAACCCAGAGCAAUUCAACCCGGGACACUUCCUGGACGACAAUGGUGCCUUUAAGAAGAGUGACUUCUUCAUGCCCUUCUCUGCAGGGAAGCGGAUUUGUGUGGGAGAGGGGCUGGCUCGGAUGAAGUUCUUUUUGGUGCUGACCGCCAUCUUGCAGCAUUUCACCCUGAAGCCCGUCGUGGACCCCACCGACGUCGAUAUUACUCCAGUGUCCAGUUUGCUGUCAAAUGCACCCAAACCGUUCCAGCUCUGUGCCCUGCCCCGAGAGCGCCAGUGAAAGGUCACCUCAGCUCCAUCUGCCCCUCGCUCUCAGGGGUGCUCAACCCCUUGCUGUGUCCCUAUUCCGUCCUCAUACCAGCCCUAACUCCACCUCUUCCCCUAAGAGCUCGGCCCCACCCCCUCUGUUCCCGGCCCACCUCUGCCCCACCCCACCUCCUUUCCCUCCCUUUAACCAGGUGCACCCCCCACCUUGCUCUUCCCAUCCCUCCCCCAUCCCACAUCCUGCCCCGAGCCUGUCUCCUCCCUGCCCCUCACUCGGCCUCCCAGAACUGCCUGAAUGCCGCACACCAGCACUGGCAGGGCCGGGGAGGGAGAACUGGGCCAGGCCCCCCG